ACUGCGCCGUGGCCGUCCCUUUGGCGUGUCCGUUGUAACCAUGGUUGUGGCCAUCAACCGCCUUAGCUAGAACAAUUCUGUCACUGUGGACUAAAGUCAGUGUUUAUAGUAUCUAUCACGUUGGCUAGAGUCACUCUAGCAUCGGCAUGAAAUGGGCGGUUCAGGCGGAAGAAGCCAUUCCGCCGCACGGAAAGCGUAGCAAGCGAUGUCUCGUUAGCGCUGUUUGCCGAGCCCGGUGUGCUGCCGGGCGACGUGUAAGAGUAUUCUGAACAAUGGGAAAACGGAAAGGGAAAGUUUGUGCUGUGGUCGGGUGCAGGAACUGUGAUGGACACAUUAGGCUUUGGAAGACGUUGGUGUGCGAAACACACGCGCCGUUGUUGCAUCAACACUGCCCGUGCCCGAGGCCGUUUUCCAUGCACCGGAUUCCUCAAGGCGAGAAAAACAAGGUUACCCGGCAGUGCUGGCUGGAUAAUCUACAAAGAGCGAACUUCGAUCCAAACACAGCGUCAAGAGUAUGUUCUGUUCACUUUGUUGAUGGGCGUCCAACCGAGGAGAAUCCCUAUCCAACUCUACAUCUUGGAACACUGGGUCUACAAACAAGCCAUGGUUUCGCCAAAGUGCUCAUCGUGUGGCUGCAGUUUCAAAGCUGUCGAUAAAAUGGACAAGGGCAUUCAAGCUCAACUUGAAAGGAACCGAGAUCACACCUACUAUACAGAUUCAAAGAAGCUUAGACAGUUGCUCUCUGGAGACGUAAUCAUCGGGUGCACCUCAAGAAAAAGUCAUUGCAGGCGGGCUGAUAAUAAUGGCAUCGUAGCAGAGCAAGUACGUGAGGCGGCACCUCGUUUGGUUUGUGAUUUUGGACAAGGUGUAGAAAUCUCACCCGAGCCAGUGUGUAAACAAAACCAUGUGAAGGAUAUAUCGGUUCAAGUGGGACUACUAACUCGUCAUGAAGAAUCACAGGCAAACGAAAGGAAGAUUCUGUCAACAAUUGCUACGCAAACAGAGCCUCAAGCUGUUUGUUCAGGACCGGUGUCCUUAUCAUCCCAGGAGCACUCCUCUUCAUCGGCACCUCUACGAGAUCGACUGCAUUCCUGCCAGCAGUGCUCCUAUGUGACCCUAAACAGGUCAACUAUGAGCAGGCACCUUUGUAAAGACAAGGGCAAGCAUCCAUUUCAGUGCCAUUUGUGUCCAGCUGCAUUCAUUUGCAAAUCCAAGCUUGUAUCGCACAUGCGAACCCACACCGGAGAGCGGCCCUUCUCCUGUGCAUAUUGUAGUGCAUCUUUUCCGCUGAAGAGCACCCUCGAUGGCCACAUACGCACUCACACAAAAGAGCGUCCCUUUUCCUGUGUACAGUGCAGGGCAUCAUUUACGCUGAAACGCAUCCUUGUAGCUCAUAUGCAAACUCACACAGCAGACCGUCCUUUUUCCUGUGAACUGUGUGAUGCGUCUUUUAGGCAAAAAUCUAGUUUUUAUGCACAUAUGCACUCUCACACGGGAGUGCCUCCCUUCUCUUGUGUCUACUGCAAUGCAUCAUUCACCCAGAAGUUUAACCUCGUGAAACACAUCCGCAUUCACACAGGAGAGCGUCCCUUUUCAUGUGUGCUCUGCAAUGCAUCAUUUACUGCUAAAUACUACCUUGUUCAGCACAUGCGAGCUCACACAGGAGAGCGGCCCUUUAGCUGUGUCCACUGCAAUGCAUCGUUUUUACAGAAAGGCACCCUUCAAAAACAUAUGCGUUGUCACGUAGGAGAGCGUCCCCACUCCUGUGUCCACUGCAAUGCGUCAUUUUCACAAAAAUACCACCUCACAAUGCACGUGUCCCGUCAUCAUGGAAACAAGUCUUAAAUGUGAGGAGUGUAUGGGAGCGACCUUUCUCCCGUGUGCAAUGCAUUGCACCCCUUGUUCUAGUAGUUCUGGCAUUCGGAUGCUAAACCAAAGGUAGCGAUAUUGAAUGCCGGCUUCAGUGGCUGCACUUUCGAUGGAAAGAGAAAUGUUUGAGGCCCGUGUACUUAUGUGCCUGUUAAAGAAACCUAGGUCGUCGAAAUUUUCGGAACCCUCCACUAUCAGGUCUCUCAUAAUCAUAUUGUGUGUUUGGGACCUUAAACGCCAGAUGUAAUUAAAGUGUUUUGUCCCGCGCUAACCCUAAAUCGCACCCCACACACCGCUACGUCUUGCCACUCUUCCCAACCAGCCCGAACUCCCCCUUCCCCACACACGCAACCCCCACCACUUCA